GUGCAGCCUUUAAAACAGGCCACGUUCGCUUGCACUUCGUACAUGACACACAUUGUGUGUGUGCCAAUAUUAUUGGGCAGUUUUAGUCGUCUUCUGCACGUGGAAAAGUCGACAUUAAAAGUUGACGAUAGGCUGUUGAAAGUAUAGUUUCAAUCCGCACCUAAAGAAGUAUGGAAAAGUGUAUUGGUAUCGGGCUGCUGUUGCUAGCCGGUGUUGCGAAUGCUCUCUACAGCAGCACAUCGGACGUCAUUCAACUUACUGCUGCCAACUUCAACGACAAAGUCAUCAAGAGCGACGCGGUUUGGCUGGUAGAAUUUUAUGCACCAUGGUGCGGUCACUGCAAAAGCCUGGUGCCAGAAUGGAACAAGGCAGCCACUGCCUUGAAGGGUGUUGUGAGAGUAGCAGCAGUAGAUGCGACUGAGCACCAGGCCGUAGGCAGCCAGUAUGGAGUCCGCGGGUUCCCCACCAUAAAAAUAUUUGGUGCCAACAAGCAGAAACCAACAGAUUAUCAAGGUGCCAGAAGUGCUGAUGCCAUCACAACAGAAGCAUUGAAAGUUGCAAAGGAUGUCGUUAAUGGAAGACUCAGCGGCAAAAAGUCUGGAGGAGGCGGGGGCGGGGACAGGGGCGGAUCAGGCAGAUCUGGCGAUAGCGGGGGAAAGGCAAGUGACAAAGAUGUCAUCACCCUGACAGACAGCAACUUCGAGGAAGAAGUCCUGGACAGUACAGACCCCUGGCUGGUGGAGUUCUACGCCCCUUGGUGCGGUCACUGUAAAAACCUCGCCCCAGAGUGGGCCAAGGCAGCCACCCAACUCAAAGGCAAAUUCAAACUCGGAGCGUUGGACUCAACGGUGCAUACCGUCAAAGCCAGUGCCUUUGGGGUUCGAGGUUACCCAACCAUUAAGUAUUUCCCGGCAGGCAAGAAGACCAUGAGUGAUGCGGAGGAAUUCAACGGUGGGCGCACGGCCUCAGAUAUUGUCAGUUGGGCAAGCAGUAAAGUCGCCGAAGCCAUGCCACCACCAGAAGUGGUUGAGAUAACUGAGGAACAAGUCCUUAAAAAUGCAUGUGAGAGUCAUCAGCUUUGCGUAAUCUCCUUUCUGCCUCAUAUUCUGGAUUCCGGCGCCGUCGGACGCAACCAGUACCUCCAACACCUCAAGGACAACACAGAACGCUACAAGCAAUGGGGGUGGAUAUGGGCUGAGGCAGGCGCUCAGCCGGAGUUGGAAAGCUCGUUGGGUAUCGGAGGAUUUGGCUAUCCUGCCAUGGCGGUACUGAACGGUCGCAAGAUGACCUACACAAGACUGAAGGGAUCGUUCAGUAAAGAGGGCAUUCAUGAAUAUCUCAGGGCAGCAGCAAUGGGUAGAGGUCUCACCACGGAAGUUGUACCAAAUAAAAAAUUAGGCGAAAUCAAGAAAACGGAUCCGUGGGAUGGCAAAGACGGCGUGAUGCCCGAGGAAGAGGACAUUGAUUUAAGCGACUUUGAUAUGGAUGAAGAUGAAGGGAGAGAUGAGCUUUAAUGACAGGAAAAAAAUCAGCGAAAGGUGGUGGUCGUAAUUUUUAUGUACAGCAUUUUUUUUUUCAUUAUCUUAUCUUUUUUGUGGUGUAGAUUUUUUUUUACAUAAUUAUCAUGCAAACAUCUUGUGCAUUCGCAGUUAAAGGUUUUCCUCUCGCAAAAUGCUUUGACCAGUUCGCGCCGGGAUUAUUUUGACAUGAUCGGUCCCAGGCGCGGGAUUGUUUUCUCGAACUUCGAUGCCAGACGGGUUCAGGCCGUCAUCUGCGGGUAGCACACCCUGAUAUUUCCGGCCUGGCUCGCUGCGAGAUGGUCGCAGACGAUAUUUCCAACCUCUCUCGUUGCGUAUUUAUCCGGCAUCCGUUCUGAAUACCGCAAAACCUUUGCGUGUAGACACGUCAACGGACGUGAACUGGCUAAAAGAACAGGGACCUCAAUUUAUUUUGAUACCUGCAUGGGCGCAGAUUCGCAAUUGGGCCAUAAAACUGCACGACCGCUAUAACACAUGCGAGAAAAUCCUACAUGGGUUUUCAAUCCCUUUGUUGUUAAUAAGUUUCAUCCAGUACUUGAUGUGAACUAAAUGUUGAGAGAUGAGCAUUCUUAAAGUUUAGACAUAAUGGGGUUUAGGAAUACUUUACUUUUUACAAUUAAAGCAAUAAAUUUGUUUACAGUAGAAAGUGGUACAUAUUUGUCACUUUUCCUGUUUGUUGUUGCUGAUAGUUUGAAACACUCGUCUAGAGUUUCUUUUGUUUUAUGAAGAAAAAAAAUACCAAAAAAUUUGAAGCUAAUUCAUUAUUAAAAACAAGCUCAGUUCAAAUUUGAAAAAAAAGUAGUUGUACUUUUUACUACAUGUUCAGGUCUUUGUUGCAUUUGUACACAAGAAAAAGUAAUAAUUUUUAUACGUGUACUCUGUUACCAAAAUCCACUAUUUGUAAUUUUGCAGAAACAAUUUCAUUCAUAAUUUACAUCAGAAAUUACACCAGCUUUAUAUGUAACUUUGAAUUGCAUGUUGCAGCAAUAUUCAUCUUUUUCUCCAGGGUACAGACAGAAGGCAAAAAUGUAAAAAUAAAAAAUGUUGGUUCGUUUAUGGUAUUGUUUCAAAUUGAUAUACAAUGUAUAUACCUGUGUGUAUGUAUUCCUGUGGCACCAAAAAAAAUUAGGUAAUGCACAACUAUUUCGUAUACCAAGUCAAUUUUCUUUAUUCGUUCACUGUUAAUUUGUGAUCCCAUUGAAUAUGUGCACGAAUACAUUGUGCCCAGUCUACCCUGUUGAGGUUAUGCUGUAAGAUUGCAGAAAAUAGUUAUACAAUGUAUAACAUUUAUUGCACUGAAGAUUUUGCGAGUUCGAUACAUCUUUACCAAGUUUGAAGUUUAUCCAGAUUUGAAAUGAUAUGUUUAUAGUAAGAUCUGUGAUGAAACACAUCUUCCAGAAAUCUGUAACCGUUGCAGAAAACAACUAUACAUUAUACAAUGUAUAAUAUAUAUAAUACUGAAGAUUUUGCGAGUUUGAUUCAUCACUUCCAAGUUUAUCCAGAUUUGAAAUGAUACAUUUGUUAAAUUAAAAUCAAUAUUGAUUUGAUUUAUAAUCCUUAUAAAACUGGGCUUUGCUGCUGCACAUACACAUACAUUGUACAUUCAUAAAAGCAGUGACUUUGCAUUUGAAAGGAUCAUUCAUGCAUAUUCAACAUGCACGAUCACCUGACCGCAAACAUGCAUAUUCAUGACUUGGUGAGACUGUAAUAUCCAAGCAGUGAACCAUGUUAAUAUCUGGCUAAUUUUCACCUACAAGUAUGCGCUUUUGUACUGGGUGAUUUGCACACAAAAACAUACAUUAAAAACUGACUUUGCAUUUGAAAGGAUCAUUCAUGCAUAUUCAACAUGCACGAUCACCUGACCGCAAAACGUGCAUAUUCAUGACUUGGUGAGACUGCAAUAUCCAAGCCUUGAACCUUGUUAAAUAUGUAGCAAAUUUUAACCUACAAUUAUGCGCUUUUGUACUGGGUUAUUUAAAAAUUGUGUCUGUUCGUAUAAGGUUAUAGUACACCAUUUUCAUUUAGUUCUUUCAGGAAUCGUUUAUAAAUAUCAUUUGUUUUUGCUCGUUUCUUAGAUGCAAUCAUAUUAUUCCUUGUUUAUUUUUUGAAAAAUAAAAAGGUAAUUGUCAACUGGCA